AGCCAAGGUCGUGUGCGCGCCAGACGCGCCAGCAACACCCAAACCUGCUCCGUCCUCCCCAACAUCACACACGGGCAUCAUCGUUGGUGUUGCUGUCGCUCUCGUUUUGCUUGUCGCGGGUGCCGUCGUUUACUGGUGGCAGCGCAAGAAGCAACCCUCUCCCUCGCCACCGGAAGAGUAUAUUCUCGUGGCUCCCAGUCCCAAGAGCUUGACAGGCACCAUGCCGUCGACAGAGCCACCAAAAGUUUUGCCAGCGGUUAGCCUCCCGCCUUCGGAAAGCAAGCUCGUUGUCGAGAUCGUUGUCGAUCUCAACGUCCUCCGGCGUCUACGGCUCGAGCGCGAAGACCUUGUCGUAACAGGGUCGGCACCCAUCGCGUCCGGAGCCUACGGCGAAGUGUGGCUUGGCACGUAUGCCAAGCAACCCGUGGCCGUCAAGCGCGUCAAGGACAAGUCGGAUAAGAGCCUCGUCAAGUUCAUCGCAGAAAUCGCGCUCAUGGCCAGAAUCGAGUGUCAGUAUAUCGUGUCGCUUGUCGGCGCCAGCUGGUCGCGGCCCACCGACCUCGAGUGCGUCGUCGAGUUUAUGAACUUGGGGGAUCUCCGCUCGUACUUGAGUUCGACGUCCCCGGAUGUGUUUACAUGGCGUGAAAAGCGUGCAAGCAUUUUGCAAGUCGCCCAAGGCCUUGUGUACCUCCACACGUUUGAGAAUCCAGUCAUCCACCGCGACCUCAAGAGCCGCAACGUCUUGUUGGACGCGACCAAAGGGUCCAAACUCACCGACUUUGGCGAGUCCCGCGAGAUGGACGAAGACACGCUCACGAACGGGGUCGGUACGUUCCAGUGGAUGGCACCCGAGAUCAUUACGGGCCACGACUACUCGACCGCGGCCGACGUCUACUCAUUUGGGGUAUUGCUCUCCGAGUAUUCGACGCAUCGUGUGCCGUACGCGGACAAGAUGAAUCCACGCACAAACAAACCCGCAAACCAGCAGUUCAUCAUGAUGCAAGUGCUCUCGGGGCAGUUCACGCCGACGUUCGAAACGGCGACGACACCGCAAUGGGUCCUCGACCUCGGCGCCAAGUGUCUCGCCCACGACCCGGAAGCGCGGCCCAAUAUGCUAGAGAUUGCAACCCUCGUGCGCGCGGCGCACGAGUAGCUGGAACGACUCGAGUUUUGUACACAGUAUGCAUCCAUGGGAUGUGCAGCAAGUCGAUAUCAGAGAAAAAAUACUCGUGUAUUCCACCCAGUGGGAAUGCCAAAAAUACGUUCUGCAGUAG